GAUAAUUGCCGCAAAAUCGAUUGAAAUUGCAGAACAAUGGUUUGAAUCUCACGGUUAUAAGCUACUGUCCACCGGCUAUGUUUCGUCAUUCUCGUUAAUCACUUGCAAUAGUGUAGAUUGUCCACUCCCGUAAAAGCGAAAAUGUUUUUCGCUGCGAAAACCAUUCUGGUAAUCGUUUCGAUUUCGCUAGUGCUGGGAUAUCCCCAAGAACUGCCCUUGGAAGAGCAACAGCCGGACAAAGAAGAAGCAGAAGUUGAAGAAAUACCGAAAAUAUUCAACACUCCUGCCGAAAUUGAAGUUCAACCGAGUAGUGUACCGAUUUUGGGGGAAGAUGCCAAAUUUGCGAAGAAAGAUGUUCUGACUAGAAAUGAUAGAUCUGCCGCAUACAGUUAUUACUAUUAUCCCGGUGUAUACUACUAUCCUCCGAAAUUCCGCUGGAAUCCGUAUUACUACUACAAUUACUACAAUUAUUGGUGGCUAUGAUGAAAGGAAGUGCUAAUACUAAAUAAAGAAAUGUUUAGCUUUGAAACUGUUCGAGUUCACACAAAAAAGAAAAAUACGUGAAAGUGAUUUUAGCGAUUAAGUGACAAACUUGUGAUAAAAAAUGCAUACAAAUCUUUCUAGAAACUUUGGUGAUCCAUUUGAGAAAAAUUGGAUAGUUAUAUCUAAGUAGAUAACAGCAAGCGAAUGAGUUUGAAUAAAUCAGAUUUCAAAAGGUUUUGUGUCAA